AAAUAAUAACCAUAACCUAACCUCCCCUUCCGCCAAACAACGUUUUCAAGUCCAAUCACCUGUGCCCCCAAACACGACCCAACCUAGGCCCCGCCUGAACCACCUCUCUCCGGAAUCUUCUUAAUCCUAUAUCGGUGUGUUCACUCUAUUCAUCUCUAAUCGUUUUCGUUUCUGAGUUUGAUUAUUCAUUGACUUCUUUGUUUCCGGCCUUUUAAACUUCAUCUCGGUGCGAGGCUAUUUUUUGUUUUUGGGGGUUAUACGUAAUAAUCCGGUCGUCCAAUUUUACCUGAAAUUUUCAUCUGCAUAUCUUCAACUUUUGCUUAAGAUCUCCCCAAUGAAUCGGUCCGCAUUCGACUUCCGGGUGUUAAUUCAAGCUCUUUGAAGGAUGUGGAUAAGAUGAUGAAUCAAGGCGGUACUACUGAGACCAUAGCUCCCGCGGAGACCUAUUCGCUAGAGAAUCAGCAUGUAGUUGACGCAAGUCAAGGACAGACUUCUUCAUAUAUUCCCCAAACAACUGGGCCUGAUGCCAUAUCAUGGACCAUUUCCCGGGCUGAUCAUAGCUCCACCCAGAAUGGGAUCCUUGCUAGCUCCACCAGCAAUUACCAAUAUGAUUAUCACACAGAGCCACCCACUAGAAAUGCUCAAGAUGGCCUGAAUGUAGCACCCCUGCCUUCUAGUUCAUCGAGUUUGGGAACAUCGAACGUAUCACAAGAUUAUAAUGGAUAUGCAUCAUACCCUAACUCUACUGAUCCAUACGGUUAUGGAAGCGCAGGAUACCCGAGUUACUAUAAUAGCUAUCAGCAGCAGCAGCAGCAGCAGCAGUCUAACCAUUCCAGCUAUCCGCAGCAGCAGCAGCAGUCUAACCAUUCCAGCUAUCCGCAGCAGUCAAACCAUUCCAGCUAUCAGCAGCAGCAAUCUAACCAUUCCGGCUAUCAGCAGCAGCAACAAUCUAACCAUUCCGGCUAUCAGCAGCAGCAAUCUAAUCACUCCCACUCACAACCUGUAGGAGCAUAUCAAAACACAGGUGUUCCUUAUCAGCCUCUUUCCUCAUUUCAGAAUACAGGGUCUCAUGCUGGGCCUGCAAGUUAUUCAAGCACUUACUACAAUCCUGGUGAUUAUCAGACAGCUGGAGGUUACCCGAGUGGCAGUUACAGUAAUCAGACUACCUCGUGGAGUGAUGGAAAUUAUACAAAUUAUACUACCCAUCAAUAUACAAACUACACUCCAGAAUCUGCUGGUGCUUAUAGCUCAAGUACUGCACCUGAACCCUCCUUACAUUAUCAACAGCAGUACAAGCAAUGGGCAGAUUAUUACAGUCAAACAGAAGUCAGCUGUGCACCUGGCACGGAGAAUAUCUCUAGCACUAAUAAGUCUCAUGUUGCCUGUCCAAUUCCUGGUGUUAGUGGUGGAUAUCAAACUUCAAAUAGCCAAACACCACCUUCUUACACCCCAUCUUGGAGGCCAGAUUCUGGUUCAUCUGCCUUUCCUUCAGUGCAGCCCAAUGCAGGAAUUAGUGGUGCCAAUGAUGUUUACUGGCAGCAUGGAGCUCCAAGCUCUCAAGUUCACCAUACUAGUCCCAUGCAAACCCAAUCUCAAAAGCCUUUGGAUUCAAGAACUUAUGAUAGCUUUCAGAAUCAACAGAAAGCUGUGUAUUCUCAGGGACCUAAUGUACAUUAUCAUGCUACACAGCAGGUGCCUCAGAGUUAUCAACUACCCAUACAAACUGUUCCACCUUUGGAUACACGAAGAGUAAGCAAACUCCAGAUCCCAACAAACCCUAGAAUUGCUUCAAAUUUGACCUUCAGUUUGCCAAAAACCGACAAGGAUAGCUUUACCCCCAGUGCAUCAGCAAAACCUGCUUAUGUCAGUGUUUCACUCCCAACAACAAAUCAGAAAGUAAUGUGUAAUGAUGCUGCAGAUUCAAUACUUAAGACAGGUAUGUUCCCCAAGUCGCUACGUGGUUAUGUUGAAAGGGCUUUGGCUCGCUGUAAAGACGAUACACAAAUGGCAGCCUGUCAGGCUGUCAUGAAGGAGAUGAUCACAAAGGCAACUGCUGAUGGUACACUUUACACUCGAGAUUGGGAUAUUGAACCUCUUUUCCCACUACCAAAUGCGGAUGCAGCUGACAAAGACAGUUUUCAGUUUUCAACUCCGGGUGCCGCAUUGCCAAAGCACAAAAGAAGUCCAAGUAGACGACCUAAAAGUAGGUGGGAGCCUUUACCAGAGGAGAAAUUACUUGAUAAAUCAGCAUCUAUGGUGACUGAUACUGUGAAAUAUGGUGGCUGGAUGAAUGCCAACGAGAGGGACAGAAAGCGUUUUGUGGGGAAUAAUGUGAGCAAGGAGAAUAAUUUGAGUGCUACUAGAUACUCUCCACUGGACCAGAAAAAUGCAAGUAAGAACAUGCAGAGGCUGGUUAAGAAGCAGCGUUUAGCUGAUGGUUUCAAGGCUGCUGAUAAUGAUGAUGCAUCUAGUGAUAGUGAUAAGGAACAGAGCUUAACGGCAUAUUACUCUAGUGCAAUAGUACUUGCGAAUACACCGGAGGAAAGAAAGAGACGUGAAAAUCGCUCUAAGCGUUUUGAAAAACGGCAAGGACAAGCAGAAAGCAGGCACUUUAAACCCAAAAAUGCUGGGGGUGGAAACCUAUACGGUAGAAGGGCUAGUGCCUUGGUGCUUAGCAAGAGCUUUGAAGAUGGUGGCACCAGAGCCGUUGAGGACAUUGACUGGGAUUCCCUUACUGUCAAGGGGACCUGCCAGGAGAUUGAGAAACGUUAUUUGCGUCUUACUUCUGCACCUGAUCCCACUAGUGUAAGACCAGAAGAAGUUUUAGAAAAAGCUCUUGAUAUGGUUCAGAAAUCUGAAAAGAAUUACCUAUAUAAAUGUGAUCAGCUGAAGUCUAUUCGCCAAGAUCUAACUGUACAACAUAUUCGCAAUCAGCUAACAGUUAAGGUGUAUGAAACUCAUGCCCGAUUAGCGUUAGAGGUUGGGGACCUGCCUGAGUAUAAUCAGUGCCAAUCCCAAUUAAAAACCCUUUAUGCUGAAGGUAUCGAGGGAUGUCAUAUGGAGUUUUCUGCUUACAACUUACUCGGUGUCAUUUUGCACUCUAAUAACUACAGAGAUCUCUUAUCAUCGAUGUCGAGAUUGUCAGUUGAAGCAAAAGAGGAUGAAGCUGUAAAACAUGCCCUUGCAGUUCGUGCGGCUGUCACUUCAGGAAAUUAUGUUUUGUUUUUUAGACUGUACAAGACGGCUCCUAACUUGAAUACAUGCCUUAUGGAUCUCUAUGUUGAAAAGAUGCGGUAUAAAGCUGUGAGUUGCAUGUCUCGUUCUUAUCGCCCAACAAUUCCUGUUUCAUACAUUACUCAGGUACUGGGCUUCACCACACCAAAGAAUGAAGAAUGUGACGAGGACUCUUAUGGAUUAGGGGAGUGCGUGGCUUGGUUGAAGGCACAUGGUGCAUGUCUUAUUCCGGAUAACAGUGGAGAGAUGCUAUUGGACACAAAAGCAUCCUGUUCGAGUCUUUACAUGCCAGAGCCGGAAGAUGCUGUGGCCCAUGGAGAUGCUAGUCUUGCUGUCAAUGAUUUUCUGACACGAACAUCCUUAUAGUCAAGUUGAUUGUACCCAAUUGUAUUUGUUCAUUAGUGAAAAAGAAGUGGGGGAAAAUCCUGCCGCCCUCAACAAUCUGUCGUAUCAUGAAGGAGAGUGGUAGAUGAUCCGAUCCAAUAUGGUAAUUGAAACGUAAUGAAAAAAUCCUAAUUAUUCCUCCAAAGAAGAUUCGAAAUCACAAAAUGGUGCCGGGCAGUGUAGCGGCCGAGUAGAUUUCAAUUUUUGGUGUUAAAAAGUCAGUUAUGUGGUGAGGAUGGAACAAAGUAAAUGUAUCAUAUUUGAGGAGGAAAUGAAAGGAAAUUAUUUUUCUUGUACU